CAAUUUUUGACAUCCUUGACUCCAUUAUAUAUGUCCACACCUCUCAACCUUUCACCCUUCCAAACCCACCUCCCAUUUUCUCCUUCUCUCUCUUAUUUUCUCAUGCCAUUCUAAAAACACUUAAUCACCACCCUCCAUUUUUCCAUUCAUUCUCUCAAAAAAUGGCUGUGGAACUCAUGGGGUUCCCAAAACUAGAUGAACAAAAAGCCAUACAAGAGGCUGCAUCAGAAGGUCUCAAAGGCAUGGAACACUUGAUCCUAACCCUUUCUAAUCAACCAACUCAAUUAAACACUCAACUAACGGAUCACACCGUUUCUAAGUUCAAAAAACUCAUUUCUUUACUUAACCGAACCGGUCAUGCCCGGUUCAGACGCGCACCGGUUCAAACCUCUUCAUCACCGGUUCAAAUCUUUUCAUCACCGGUUCAACUUCAACCAACACCGGUUCAACCCACACCUUCUUCUCUCCCACCGCCACAAGCAGUUUCUCAUUCUCAGCCGAAACAGUUUCUUUCUCCGUCACCGGCACUAUCUCCGACGCCGAUUUCAACACGUCACGCGCCGGCGAGUUUUGUUCAACCGCAAUCACUUUCGCAUAGUCUAACGCUAGAUUUCACGAAACCUAACGACGUCGUUUUGAGCUCAAAUGCAAAAAAUUCAAAUUCUGUGGUUGAACUUGAAUUCUCGAAGGAUACAGCGACGUUUAGUGUUUCUUCAACUUCGUCGUUUAUGUCAUCUGCUAUUACCGGUGACGGUAGCGUCAACGGUAAACAAGGAUCGUCGAUUUUUCUUACUCCGGCGGCAACACCAGCUAUCUCCGGUGGAAAACCACCGCUCUUGUCUGGACCGUCUAAGAAACGGUGUCACGAUCAUGGUGAACAUUCCGAUGACGUUUCAGGAUCAAAUAAGUGUCACUGUGUUAAGAGAAGAAAAAAUAGGGUGAAGAGAACCGUGAGAGUACCUGCAAUAAGUUCAAAGACAGCCGAUAUACCGGCAGACGAGUACUCGUGGAGAAAAUACGGUCAAAAACCAAUCAAAGGAUCACCAUAUCCACGCGGCUAUUACAAGUGUAGCACAGUAAGAGGGUGCCCAGCAAGGAAACACGUGGAGCGUGCUCCAGAUGAUCCAACGAUGCUGAUUGUAACAUAUGAAGGGGAACACAGACACGCAAUUCAAGCCGCGAUGCAGGAGAAUGCAGCCGGGAUUGUGGGUUUGGUAUUUGAGUCAACGUAAUAUUGAGAUUAAAAAAAUAUGAGGAAAGUGGGAGAAUGGAGGACUUUUCUUUUAAAAAUGAAAAUUUAUUUUUUUUGUUAGAAAGAAAAUUAUGAGUGGGAGUUAUGGUGGGGUUGCGUUGUAAAUUUGUUUUAUUAUAUUUAAAUAUUUUAAUAUAGAGAUGCAAAAUUGGAAUCUGAAGUUGUUUAUUUAAAUUA